AUGAAUUCAUUCUACCGACAACAUCUGAGACCAUCUGGAGUUCAAUUCUCAACUCAAAUCUCAAUCACACCAUCUACUUCAAGGAAAUCAAUUCAUCAUCAUCAUCAAUAUCCUAAUUAUAAAGUUAUCACCAAUCUAGUCAUCGCUCGUUCAAGCUACCUUCAACUUUUUGAAGUUUGUCAGUCAACUUUGACCAAUGAAUUCAAAGUAUUUCACGUCUUGGAGCAUCAACUUCAUGGUAUCGUCACUGGACUACAACCUAUCACGACCAUUGACACGCAUGUAGAUGGUUUAGAUCGCUUAUUAGUUAGCUUUAAAGAUGCCAAAAUCACGCUACUCGAAUGGUCACAUCAACAAUCAGAUCUAGUUCCCAUCUCAUUACACACAUUCGAAAAGCUACCACAAAUCACUCAAGGUGACUUCCCAACGAUCUUUGACCAAUUAGAAACUGAUCCACAAUCAAGAUGUGCAAUUUUAAAAUUACCUCAAUCUACAAUUGCUGUCUUACCGUUCUUUCAAGAAAACAAUUUAGAUCUUGAAACGCUUUUUUCAAAUUCGAAUCCAUCAGCUAAUAAUCAAAGAAUUCAAUCUUUCCCUUAUGCUCCUUCUUUUAUUAUUGAUUUAAAUCAAUCUCAAUCUUUCAAGUCUCAAACUCAAACUCAUUCCCAGACUCAAACUCAACAAAAAUCAAUCAAAUCAAUCAUCUCCUUCAAGUUUCUUCCAGGAUUCAGUCAACCUACAUUAGCAAUCUUAUAUACUUAUCAACAUACAUGGGCAGGUAGAUUGGAAAAUACCACCGAUAGUUGUUCAUUGAUCUUCAUCACUCUAGAUCUCUCUUCAAAUCAUUUUACAAUCAUCUUUCAAAUCGAUAAUUUACCUUACCAUGCACAUUCAAUCAUGGCUUGUCCGAAAGAAGUAGGCGGUGUAUUGGUGAUCUGUGCAGACAUGAUCCUUCAUAUUGACCAAUCUUCUAAACUGAUCGGCAUUGCCACAAAUGGCUGGUCAAAACUUUCUACUCACCUUGAUGUACCCACACAACAGAUGGUCAAAAUCGUAACUGAAGAUGGUCAAGAUCAAGAAGAACGUCUGAAGGUCAGAUUAGAAAAUUCUAAAUUAGUUUUUGUUACUAUCGAUCGAGCCUUAAUGUUCUUAACCGAUGGUCAAAUCUUUAGACUUUGUUUAUACCAAGAUGGUCGAACAUUGAUCAAAUUGUGUUUAGAAAAAUUUCCGGUGGUCUCCGUGAUCCCUUCUGUAGCUGUAAAGAUUUCAGAUCAUUCUGUGUUUGUGGGAUCUAUGCUGGGUGAUUCGAUCGUGAUGGGGAUCGAGUUUGAAGGGGAAAAAGAGGUUGAGGUUGUAGAGGAAGUGGAAGUGGAAGUGGAAGCUGAAGUGGUUCAUCAGAAUGGAAAUGAAAUGGAAAUCGAUCAGGCGGAAGAGGAUGAGAUAUAUGGGAAAGAAGAACCAGAUGAUAAGAAAACAAAAGAUCAAGAUGGUAUAGAUUCUAUAAUAAAAGCCACGAACAAGAAAAUCCAUCGAGAAAUUCGAAGUUUGAGACUUCAUGAUUCCAUCAGUGGCCAUGGUCCUAUUCGAGAUUUUACCAUGUCUAAGAUUGGAGGAUUCGAAGAUUCACUAGAAAUGGUGGGGUGUACAGGAAGUGGAGAGACAGGUGGAUUGACAAUUUUCUAUAAAGAGAUGCCAUUGAUGAAGCGUAAGAAAUUGGAUUCGACAAAUGAAUCGAUGAAGAUUACAAAUUUGAAUUCGAUCGCUUUUAAUGAUCCCACUGGAAGUCCUGGAUGUGAAUUGGCUUGGAUUUCAAUUCAUGAUCGUACAAAGAUCUUUAGCAUGAUUAAAAAUCCUGAAGAAGGUAAUCGAACAAGUGAUCUAAAGUUUAUGAAAACUUUGAAUGCUUCAACGAUUUAUGUUGCUAUGUUCUUUGAUCAGACUUGUUUUUUACAAAUCACUUCUUAUGAGAUCAAAUUGCUAAAAGUCGUUGGCUUUGGAGAAGUUCAAGUCAUUAGACCGAUCGAAACGGAGAACAAAAAGAAUAAGAUAAUCAGAGCAAAGGUCGUUCAAGAUUAUAUUUUGUUGGAAACUAGUGAUCAUCGAGUGAUGCUAUACAAAGGCCAGGUGGAUUCACUGACGAUUGAUCGAAUUCAGUUACCUCAAUUGUCUAAACCUGUGACGUAUGCUAGUCUUUUUAGCGCUCAUUUACCACUAUAUGAUCAUGAUGAUCAAACAAAUGGAAUUGGCUUGGAUAAUGACGAAGACGCAGAAAAGCCUUGGCUAUUUGUUACUGAUCUUGGCGGUGUUCUACACAUCUUAAGUCUUCCCGAACUUGAGAUUGUUUUUACUGUCAAAGGGAUCGAGAACUUGCCUGACCUUCUAGAUGAAGAUGAGGAUGAGGAGCAACAGCAACAGCCUGCAAUUGAGUAUGAACAUGAAGACGGAGAUGUCAAGAUGGAAGAAGAUGAAAAAGUGGAACCGAAGGAAAACUCGAGUAUUCAGAUGAUCUAUGGUUUUGUUACCGGUGCCAAGGUUGCUAGACCGCAUCUAUAUGUAGAGUUGAACAAUGGGGCACUGGCCGUCUAUCAAAUCUCAAUCGCGUAUGACCGCAAACCGGGCGACCCUUCAACCUCGAAACCUAGACGACAGGCUCUGUCGAUAAGAUUGAACAAAGUUUUAGGAUAUCAAUUUGAAUCAUCGGAGCCUAUAUCGAAUUUAGAUCGAAAGGUCAAAGUGGUCAAGAAGAAUGCCACAUUUUCCGGAAUCCAUCUUUCAGGACUUGAACCGAUCUGGAUUGUUUCAACUGAUCAUGGCCCAGUCCAAAUUUAUAAAGCUAAAACCAAUCAAACCAUCACUUACUUGGAUCAAAGUGAUAAAUUUUUAGUUAGUGAUCAUCAAGUUGAAAUUUGGGAGUCGGAGGUGGGUGAAGGAGUUUGUCUGGAUGGAAGAAUUCCAGUUAGGUUAGUUAAGGAUGGUAGAUCUUUCAGUAAGAUUGUCUACGAGCCAAAGAUGGACGUUGUGAUUGGAGCCUCAUAUCUUGUGACGCCCUUUGCAAAUUUCACUGAGGAAGGUGUAAUGAUGUGGGAGCAGGAUGAUGAGAGUAAGGUUAGACCUAAUGGUUUCAGGAGUUCUUUGGAGCUGAUCUUACCUGGAAGUUGGGAUACGAUCGAUGGACACGAAUUUCAACAAAAUGAAUGGGUGACAUCGAUGAAACUCGUCUCAUUAGAUUCGAAGUCCAAAAGGUCAGGAAGAAGAGAUUUCAUCGGGGCUGGAACGACGUGUAAUCGAGCUGAGGAUUUAGCUGCCAGAGGAGGGGUAUAUGUUUUUGAAGUGAUUGAAAUUGUUCCCGACCCCAAACAUCCUGAACGGAAUAGAGGGCUGAGGUUGAGGUAUCAUGAAACAACCAAAGCUUGUGUAACUGCUGUUGAUGGUCUGAAUGGUUAUUUCAUCCAUACAAUGGGGCAAAAGGUAGAUCCUGGUUAUCCGCGCUCUCCCACUCGCAAAUAUAGCGACAUUCUAGCUGAUCAGAUUAUCGCUUUCUAUUCAAAGCUGUAUGCCAAAUGCUUUGAGCAAGACGAAAGGUUACUCGCAGUUGGAUUCUUAGAUAUCAGACCUUAUACCACAACGCUCAAGGUAUUGAAGAACUUUAUCGUCUUAGGUGACGCAGUCAAAGGGAUCACUCUUGUGGCUUUUCAGGAAGAACCUUACAAGUUGAUUGAAUUGGGCCAUACUUUUGUCGAUCUGAGGUGUUCGACUAUCGAUUUUUUGGUUUUGGAAAACAAGUUAUCAAUUGUGACUAGUGAUUUAGGUGGGACAAUCCGAAUCUUUGAGUAUAAUCCAACUAAUAUCGAAUCCCAAGGCGGAUUAAAAUUAUUGUGUAGGACAGAAUUUGGAACAGCUGGUGAGAUGGGAAGUUCUCUUGGGUUUGGUAAACGAUUGAGUUCAAAGGAAGAAGCAAAAUCGAUAGGUACACUCUUUGCGGGAUUGGAUGGAUCCAUCUCUUCUUUGGUACCUGUGAAGGAAGCGGUGUUUAAACGCUUGCAAAUCGUUCAGACGCGUUUGAUUCGACAUCUUGAUCAUUUUGCCGGACUCAAUCCUCGUGGAUUCAGAACGGUACGAAAUGAUCUAGUCUCAAGAGCCAUGAAUCGAGGGAUUAUAGAUGGCGAAAUCAUUGAACGGUUUGGAGCUUUGAAGCUUGAUGAACAGGAUUCAAUUGGAAAACUUGCUGGAUCAGAUCGAAAUACGAUUUUGAUUAAUUUGAAUAAUUUGAAAGGGAUUUGGUGA